AAAAAAUAACCAUUUGUAAAAUUGUACCUGACUAUGUGCCCUCUUUUGCCAUUUACCGCAGUUUGCCUGUGAGUUACUAGAAGCAGUAGCCAAGAUGGUUCGAAUGAACGUUUUGGCAGAUGCACUUCGAUGCAUCUGCAAUGCAGAGAAGCGAUGCAAGCGUCAGGUCAUGAUCAGACCCUGCUCUAAGGUCAUCAUCAAGUUUCUUAUGGUCAUGAUGAAACAUGGUUACAUCGGUGAGUUUGAGAUCAUCGACGACCACAGGGGAAGCAAGAUUGUUGUCAACCUCACCGGCAGACUCAACAAGUGUGGUGUGAUCAGCCCCCGCUUUGACGUACCUCUCAACGAGCUCGAGAAAUGGACUGGCAACCUACUACCCUCCAGACAGUUUGGAUAUGUCGUCCUUACAACAUCCAGUGGAAUCAUGGACCAUGAGGAGGCGAGACGGAAACACGUCGGAGGAAAAAUCCUGGGUUUCUUCUUCUAAAUUUCAUCAGACGGAUUUGGAGUUUCAGAUCUGACCAAGGGGGGGAGAAAGAGUUUCUUAAAGACACUACUGAGAAAACUAUCUAAAACUGUUUCACCAUUAAGUCACUUACAUACACUGUUGAUUGGUCAAGGAAUGAAUAAAUAAAAGUUGUACAAAACCAGGAUAAA